UGAUGCAAAACACACUGGAAAUGGAAGCGUACUCCAUUAGACUAUACCAGUACAUGUGCGACGCAGUAGUUGGUUCUGAAAAAACUGUAAGAAAAAGAAGAUUGCUAUAUAAACUGCUAGAUGACAUUUCAAAUGAAAAACAGUACUCCAUCAUUAGCAGCGGGAGCAAGGCUGAAGGAUUAGACCUUCCAGGCAGUGAUUUUGAUAUGAUGAUACUUAUGAAAGAAUAUGAAGGCUAUGAGGAUAAACCGAGAGACAGGAAAGGCGUUUUAAUUCUUGACACUGAAAAUGCUGCUCUGGGUUUUACAAUGCUGAAGGUAGUACAUGAUUUGUCCAGUCCAUUUUAUCCGACAAGAACUAUGAAUGGGAAAUAUUUAUCCAAUAGAGAUUUGUUUGAUUUUCUUUUUGACAGCUUAGGUUCAAUGGAAUCUUUGUAUGAAGUCCAUGGACCAAGUUUUUGUAUCCCAAGGUUGAUGGAUAUUGACAACGUGAUUUGCAUUAGAUGUCAUGCAUGGCAAUCGGUGGCUAGGCAAUGGUUAUCUAGAUAUAGACCAACAGGAUGGCCUUCUGAGUACAUCAUUUCAAAUGCACUUUUGCAAGGUAUUUUGUUAGUGCCGGUCGGCAGCAAGUCUGCAUGUGGUGAAGGUAAUCCUUUAGAAUGGAGAUUUUCUUUUUCCCUUGUAGAAAAAUUAUUAGUUUACUCACUUAAUCAUUGUCAGUUGCUUUAUUACUCAUUGUUGAAAAUUUGGUUGAAAGAAAUAGUUAACGAAGAUAACGUUCUCAAUAAAACGUUAUGUUCGUAUCACAUGAAAACCCUGAUGUUUUGGAUAGUAGAGGAAAGCGAAAAUUUAAAUUGGAUUCCACAAAACCUGUUGCAUUGUUUUCUUGUAUGCCUCAAGCGUCUUCAAUAUUGGAUAAUAUGUGAAUAUAUCCCUAAUUUCUUUAUACCUGAACAAAACAUGAUUCAUUGAAAACACACACAUGCUAUUCUUGCUUUUCUUUCAUCCUUUUUAGACAAAACCCGUGGAAAUUGGAAAAUGAUUUUUACAGCUCCGUCACUUUGCAAUUUCUUGACACUUAUAUCAGUUAACUUUAAUAGACAAUUCGAAUGUUUACAUGCAUUAGAUAAAGCUGUAUUACCGAUGGGAUGUUGUCUAAUUCUUAGUUUGAGUUUGAUGGGCGACUCCAAAUUGUAUUCGGUGAUGUAUAGGAUAAUACACAAACGUCUUCCACGUUCUGCAAGAAAUAUAUGUGCACUGAUCUUCCUAGUAGAGAAUAAGCGGAUACUGAAUUCGGUUAAAACUUCGAAUGACAAAAACAAAUGUUACUAUUAUCAGUACAAACGCUUUAUCACACACGGGUUGAUAAAUACAUUCUACAGAGCCGGGUAUGGAUGGCUACUUCUUGCAGCAUUCUUUUACUCGACACAGGAAUAUAAAAAUAUGUUAUCUAUAUUAAAAUUCUUAUCUAAUUUAUUAUCUUUGUACACAGACUUUAUUCAAAACCGUGGAAGCGUACCUUCUUUUAAAGAUGUGUCGAAAAUGAAAAGAAUGAUAAGUAGCAGUUGAUUUGUAAAGAGAAUAAAAUUCGAAAUUGCAAGAAUACACCAAUUAGAUUAUGACAACUUCACGGCUGGCCCUUUCCAAUGUGUAAGUUAUGAUCAUUUAUUUGGAAUUGAAAUGGUGGGCACAAGUCAGUUGCUAUUAUUAUUUUAUUAUCUCAGAUUUUUAUACAGUUUUCAGCAAGGACAUCGAGACGAGACACAGUCCGUUUUAAGAUUAUUGAAAAAGACUUCAGAAAUACAAACUCGUGAACAGAAAAAUAUUUUAUUGCUAUCUACACCCUAUAGUUUUUUGAUGAAAGCUUUAGAACUUUCAAGUGAUAACGACGGAUGCGAUACUGGUGCAUUAAGAAUGAAAUACAAAAUUACAAAAAGAAUGUUGGAUGAAUUUUUAAAGAUGGGUUUUCAAGUCGAACAAAUGAAAACUUUAUUUAGAAUUUAACCCGUAAUGUCAUAUUUGAAAAUGAACAGACCAUUAAUGAAUAACAUGAGGUGAUUGGCUUCUGUCCGACCCUAAUAUGCCUUAGACAUCGCUAAAUUCAUAAAUCAUUGGCACGAAUGACUGGUAAAGUAUUGAUGUUACAGUACAACGAUACACUGUAGUAUAAGAUGUAUGUCAUGGAAACCUCACAUUCUGCUUUAUUCGUUUUCAAUAAAUAUAUUUUUUCAGA